AUGUUUUUCGACAUUCUGGUCGUGUUUGUUGUUUCACUUAUUUCAUCAUUGUUUUUAUGUACCACAUCUGUGUACGGCCUCCCAUCAUCAUCAACAACAAAACUUCAUUAUAUCGAUAGUUCUCCAUCUGAUGAUUUGUCUUCUUCACUUAGCCUCUUUAACCAUCGUCCAGUGCCGAGUGUUGAUAAUGAUUUAAGUGGAGAUAAUUUGGAAAUGUUAAUUGGUGACAGUAAUGAAAACGACGAUUUAUCAUUAUCUUCUAUUGAUAUAUCCAAUGAACCAUAUGAAUUUGAUAUUGAACCAUCAUCAUCAUCAUCAUUAUCAUCAUCAUCAUCAUUAAAAUUCUUAUUUAGAAAAUCGUUACUGUUACCAAAUCAACAACACGACAAACGAGCAUUAUCAUCAUCAUCAAAGAUAAAUUUCAAUUUUAAUACAGCUGCUAACAAACUUGCUGAUUCCUUUCAUACAAAGAACGUUGCCAAUUUAAAUCAAUUGAAUGAACCGAUACGUUUAUCAUCGUCACUCAAACAUUUGGUCGAAACCAAUCCGCUUGCACGUGCGUGGCUUACAAUGCUUAUACAAAAACUUAUGCAAGAACAGACUAUGCCAUACAUUUUCAAGUAUGGUCGACGUCGUAAAUAA